UUUCUAAUGUGGUACGUUUUCUUCUCCUGUUUACAGCGGCUAGCAUGACACCUCGUGGUUUGCUGUACCAAAAUGAUUUUACUUUCAUCAGACUCUCCAUCCGAGUGGAAACGGCUUCCGAGAAGAACAACUCUGUGAAACUUCUUUCUGACGAGCAGCGAGAGCAACUGACAAAUUGCACAACUUUUUCUCUUUUUUUCCCCCAUGCAAGCCGCCCGGGGAACAAGUGCAGUCACAGCCACCAGAGCGCAGCGGUGCAGCAGGACUCCCGGCUGCCUCGCAUCACAUCCAGCCUCGCUUUCUGUUGCUUUUUUUUCUUCUUUUUUAUACCCUCAAACCCUGCAGCCUCCGGUGCAUUUAGCUCCAUUAUUCCGUCCUGCCAGUGGCAGCCAGAGGGCGGAUCCGCUCCCGAGAAUGAGUGGAAGCGGUGGGAGGGCUUUUCUGUGUCGUCGCUGGGUUGGGAACAUUGCAAGAAAACAGUGAGGAAGGAUCCACGCCGCCCACUGAACAGGAGCGCACCAACAAUUUCGCAACCGCCGCCGCUUGUGCUGCUGCUGCCCCGUUUAGACGCACCGUGGAGCGGAGGAGGAGGAGGGCAGACACCCGCUGACAGCCAGCCGGACGGACGGAGGAACCAAACAAAAGGACACAGGCCCUGAAGGGAUGUGGCGUGAUGGCAACGAGCUGCAGCGAGGAGGGAAAAAAGACGAGCGAUGGGCAAUGUUUGGGAAGAAGGGCAGAUAAAAGAUGAAGGGCCAUGUUGCCACUGAGGACCUGUGAUGUCACUGUGAAGUCGAGGACGGUGGUGGAUCACAAAGCGUCCGGUUCUUCACUCGGAGUUGCCGAGUUUUCCUUCUAGAUUUGUUUCUGCUUUCACCUGCUGCCCAAUGAACCUCUGUGAAAUGGAGACUCUUUCCCAGGAUUCAAUCCUGGAGUGCCAGAUCUGCUUUAACUACUACAGCCCAAGGCGGCGGCCCAAACUCCUGGACUGCCGCCACACCUGCUGCUCGGUCUGUUUGACCCAAAUGCGAAGCAGCCAGAAGGAGAUCCGCUGCCCCUGGUGCCGUGGCGUCACCAAACUCCCGCCGGGUUUGUCCGUCUCCCAGCUGCCCGAUGACCCCGACAUCAUCACCGUCAUCGCCAUCCCCCACGCCUCCGAGCACACGCCCGUCUUCAUCCGCCUCCCCAGCAACGGGUGCUACAUGCUGCCGCUGCCCGUCGCCAAGGAGCGGGCGCUGGGAUUGCCAGGUGAGCUCGGAUGCCGCUUCCUUCCCGGUGGCCAGCAGAAGGGCGUGACGGUGGUGACGGUGCCCGAACAGCAGCCCCUGGGUCUGGCUAUGGGUCUGGAGGGUGUCGGGGUGGGUCUGGAGGGUGGCGAUGGCGAGAGGAGGGUGGCGGGACCGGUGGGAGGCGCCGGGAAGGGAUCCACGUGGUCUGGCGUCUGCACGGUGAUCCUGGUGGCCUGCGUCCUGCUCUUCCUCCUGGGCAUCGUGCUGCACAACAUGUCUUGCAUCUCCAAGCGCUUCACCGUCAUCUCCUGCGGCUGAAGGGAAGUCGAUCAGACGGCCACGGACCUCCCCUGGAUUUCCCCCCACCGGCCCUGCCUCUCCUCGGGGCGGGACUCUGCUGAGGAGAGGGAACUCAACUCACAUCAUGGGCAUUCAAGGAAACUACCGGGCAAAGUGGACGGACAUCGAUGACGGACAUGAGGGCAGGAAGGAGAUCCACAAUACCAUUACCUUUUUCUUUCUUUUUUAAAUGAAACACUCAAACAUUCACUUCCUGUCUCCAUUUCCUUUCAUUUCCCCUGAAGGAGCGCUUCGGGAAUGACUCCAGAUUUGUUUUCUGGCUGGAAGCCCACAGUGGUCGGAUUGCCUGUUUAGUCUGUGGUUUGUAGAAGUACAUCAUAGUGUUGUUUCGCCGAGUGUGGUAUCUCCAGCUGGACGGACUUGGCUGCUGUCCGUUCUUCAACGCCGCAGGAGUUAACUGUGCAGGAUCCACGACUGGUCUGAAUAAUUUCCGAGUGUCAACGCGGCUUUUCGUUUUUUUUUCUUUUUUAUGCAACCUGUUCAGAGCAAACUGUUGCUGUGACACAGCUAAGACAAGGGUUGUCAGAAAAUAUGGAUUGUAAUGUUCAUACAUGCCAGCAUAUUGUACAGCUGAACUGAAAACACAAGGUAGUAUUGAGUUGCUUUAAAGUGUGAAUUACUGCUAAAGCCAUCUGUUGUUUGGUUGAUUGUUUAAGUAAAGCUGUUUGAUGGUUCCAGCCUCUCAAAUAUCAGGAAUUGCUGUUUUUCCCCCCCUCAGUUUUGUAUUGCUGGCUGCACAAAAAAAGCAAUCUGAAGCUGCCAAAACAUGCCAUAGUUGCUUUUUUGUGACAGUUUCUUGACUCAACCUUAAUUAAUAUUGGAGGAAAUUUUGCACAGAAACAUGAUAAUGGUUAAUUGGUAAUAUUUAGCAUUUUGGACAUUUGCCUUUUUUCAAAAGUUUCAAUGAGAAGAUCAACCUUGCACCUGUCUGUUAGCUGUGGAGGAAUUUAACUUAGCCUAUCAUAAAGUGGAAAGUGGGGUCAGCUAAGUAGAUUCGCUUCACAGGUAAAAAAAACAAACAAACAAAAAAAAACACCUAAUAGCACUUUGGAAGCCCAAUUAUCAUUGUCAUUUUAAAAAUAUUUUGUCUGUUUAGUCUGUACACAAACAGAAAUGUGACUUUCUUACUUUUAACCUUUUGUAUGGAUUAAAAGACAAAAACAGAUGAACUUCUUUUAGAAGUUUCUGCACUUCAGAUGUGUCACAGUGUAUUUUUGAACUUUGAAGCGAGCAAGGAUAACUGUUUUCUCUUGCAUCCAGGUAGCGAGCUAGCAUGCUAGCUCCUCAUUUAACCUCCACUAAAGUCAAGCUCUGUUUUUACACUUCUAAUUUUUUGAGGAUGAUACUAUAAUUUGAGUUCUUUCAAUGUGUAAUUAGGUGUUUUAUAUGUUUGAUUCUAAAAGACCCAGGCUAGCUAUUUCUCCUUGAGUUCAGAUAGCUAGCUAGCAUGCUAGCUCUUCUUUCUGGUUUAUAUGGCCUUUCUAAAUUGUUCAAGAUAAUACAAAUAAGACAAAAAUGUAAAACGCUAAUUUGAGAGAGAUUUAAUUAUAUUUUAUACUUUGAAAGGAGCUAAGCUAGUUGUUUCACCCUGCAUAAAGGCAGUUAAAUGCUACACGCUAGUUGAGUUACAGCACAUACCUAAAAAAGCAAUUACUUUUCAAAGUUUUUACGCAUUACUCAAGCAUAAAACAACAUGAUGCUAUAAUUUGAUUGCUGUAGAUGGUUAAUAGUUGUAGUUUUGAAGUUAAAUAGAACUUUAGCUAACCAUCAUUCCUUGCUGAUAGCUAUUGAGCAUGCUAGCCUUCCAUUUAUCUCCUCCCAAAACAAGUGUUGUUUUUACAUUUUGAACUUUUGGCAGAUUUGAUAAAUAGAAAUCAUGAUACAGUAGUUUGAGUGCUUUAGAUGUGGUGAUGUAUAUUUGAAGUUAGCUAGCUCUUUCAUCCUGCUUUCGGGUAGCUAGCUAGCAUGCUAGCGCCACAUAUAACUCACCCCAAUACAUACAUUCUAAGGAUUAAACAAACAAAAUAAAACUGAGUAAUUUGAACACGUUAGAGCUGUUGAUAGGCAUAUAUUACAAGUUUGACGGGUGCCAGACGAGCUUUUUCCCAUGCCUCCAAUCUUUAUGCUAAGCUAAGCUAAUGGCCUCUUGGUUCCAGCUCUGAACUUAGGUGUGAGAGUGCUGUUGAUCUUUUCAUUGAAGCCAAAAUGUGGAGAUAUUCCUUUAAAUAGAAUGAUGCGGGAUCUGACCUUGGGCAGAAUUUUUACGAGGACUGCGUGUUCUUGUUUCUGUUUUUUUCUUCUUCUUCUGCAGUGCAUCAGUUUUUCCCACGGAUGCAUUUCAUCUAGCAUGGUUUGUUCAUCAACUCUUCACCCUGACCUGCUUCAGACCAUCCUCUGAAGCCGAACCCUCCACGCCUUCGCCGGCAGCCCACACACCAUUGACUCCUUGUCUUAAUGGCUUCUUAAUUCAGAAUCUGACGGAUAUCUGGGCUCGGCGGUGUGUGUUCAUGUGUGUGAGUAAUAGGUCAGCGUCGGGUCAGGAGUGGGCGGCUGCUUCAGGGUUUCCGUUAAUGAAGGCUGUAUCGAUUUAUCUGCGUUUGAAUAUCUCUCUGCAGAGAUGGAUGUUUCUGUUUAGUUUUUUUCACUUUUAUAUGUUGAGGCAGGCGAUUCGUCUGAGUGUACAGCACGCUAACAGGGUGAACUCUUUUGUACAGCAGCCUCGUCGUGUACAGAACGAUUGUAAUUUUCUUGUCUUUUUUUCUGAUAAUUUGCUUUCGUCGACAUGUUUUGUUUUGUUGGUGUUCGAGGUUUGAACAGAGAUGAUUAAGAAACGGUUACUGAGUGCACUCCAGGGCACGAGGAAAGUUAUUUUUUGCCAUUUAGCAUAUAAAGAAAACUUUAUAUAUAAAUACAUCGAUAAAGUUGUUUAGUUAAAAGUUUAUUCUAGAUUCAAGAUAUGGAUCUUUUAGUCACUAAAGGUCAAGAAAAGUGACGCUUCCUGUCAAAAUUUCAUUAAAUUUUCUUCAAUUUUGACCCUAAACUGCAGAGAGUUUAUGGCUCCCAGCGCUGCGACAUCAGGGCAGCUGUUUGUUUUGCAGAUGCAGCGAGUUAAGCUCAUCCAGACUGACGGUUGCUAUGAGAUUGAACUGAAAGAGCUUCAGAAGUUGCUGGAAGUUGAAAUAUUUUUAGCUCGUAGCACUUAAUGCUCUGUAAAGGUUGCUAAUUUCUCUGUACUUGAGGCUGAAGUGGAUUUUUUUCUGGCCAGAGAUAAGUCUGAGAUAAAGUAAAUCACAGUUAGUCUGUUCACAACUUGAAUUUGAGUUUAUAAGUUGUUAAUAAAGGUUUAUUAACGCGUAAUGAACAUUAAGUUACGCCAUUAAAACACUGCUUAUUCUAGUUAAGUUGCCAGGCUGCGAAGAUUAGACCCUCGAAUGAACCUGGCAACCCAAAAGUCACCAUUCAAGAAUCAUUUACUAGCUGUUCCUAAAUGCAUUACUGACAACAAACCCAUAGGAGUGCCGUAUAACCAUUUAGAAAACAGAAAAAAGUCUAAUAAUGCCUUACAGCUUAGUAACAACCCUUUAAUUUGUACAUUUUUUGCAAAAGGUUGCAAAAAUGAGACCCAUGAAUGGACCUGGCAACCGAAAAAUCAUUGUGAAUGGAUUGCAACUGAGCUCUAAAGCAUUAAUAGAGGAUUUAUUAACCAUCAAUGAACAUAUUACUUAAAAUAAAGCAAAAGAUUGCAAAAAUUAUACUGUUGAAUGGACCUGGCAAACCAAAAAUCAUCAUUAAUGGAUGGCAGAUGAACUAUAAAGCAUUAAUAGAUGAUUUAACGGUUUCUAAACAUUUUAUUUACAAUAAACCAUUAUAAAUGCCAUAUAACCAUUGAACCAUUGCUCAUAUCGUAGGUAAGGUGUUAACAGUUAAUAAAUAAUCAAAACACUUGAAUUUGUACAUAUUUUGCAAAAGGUUGCAAAAGUUAGACCCUUGAAUGGACCUCGCAACCCAAAAUUCAUCAUCAAUGGGUUUUUAUUCACCAUUAUUAAACAUAUUACUUAGAAUAAACACUAUAUAACCAUUUAAUAAAGUGCUUACAAGGGUUUGCUCUUAGUAAUGUGUUAAUGAACAUUUAAUAAAACAUUAAAUAACACUUAUUAGCUCAAUAAUAACCUGUUAAUUUUUUACAUUUUGGUUGCCAAGUUGCAACCAAUAGCCAUGAUAACUCCAAAAUCAACACUAAUGGAUGGGAACUGAGCUAUAAAGCAUUAAUUGAUGGUUUAUUAGCUGUUAAUAAACAUAUUAUUUACCAUUAUUAGCACGAUAUAUAAACAUUUAAAAUGUGUUCAUAAGAGUUUACUCCAAGUAAUGUUUUAAUCAACAGUCGAUUAAACGCCCAAUAAUGCUUCACAGCUAAGUCAUAACCCAUAAUUUAUUACAUUUGGGUUGCCAGGUUGUUAAAAUUAACCCCUUGUGUGGACCUGGCAACACAAAAAUCAUCAUUAAUGGGUGGAAAAUGAGCUAUAAAACAUUAAUAGGUGAUUUAUUAACCAUUAAUACACACAUUGAGCGCUGUAUAACCAUUUUAAAACAUUAAUGUUACACCAUGCAGGUACAAGCAGAUAAAGAACAUUUCCAAGUGUUUAUGCAAUAAUAAAAGCACAUCUGUUCACUUAAUAUUAAAAUUACAGUGUUUUCCUUCCAAAUUUCCUUCCAAGUACCUAACUGGAUUUGAGACCCAGUGGAAUCCACACUAGUCUCCUAAAAGACCAGUUUAACCCAAAACAGGCGUGUUUAGAUGGUUUUGAAUUUAUCUGUCAUAAUUUUGAGAUGGGUCUGUUGAAGUUUCUGCACUCGAACUGCAAGAAAAUGACAAAAAUUGUCGUUAUUUUAUCGGUAAAUUACCCGCAGAUUUGAUUGGAACCAGUUUCUACCAAGAAAAAGCCUCUUUAGAAACUGUCCAAAGCCAAAGUUAUCUGCAUGACUUCAUACUAGCAAGCGUGAACUGCCAAAGAACAAGUAAAAAAAGGUGGAAGUCAACUGUAGUCUGAAUAAUUGGUUAAAUUUGACGUUUUUCGCUGGAAAAACACAGUCAGACCAGUAGAAACGCCUUUACUUCAGCCAGUCCAUCAUAAAUAAGGUUCUAAAUCCACCUUUUCAGAGUUUGCUUACCCUGAAAGUGUCUGUAGGAUAAACAAUAUCUUGGAUUAUUGAUUGGAAAGCAGUUAAAUCGCUUCAUUAUUUGGAAGCAAACCCUAGAAAAUGCUGUUGUGCACAAAUCUAAAGGCUUGUUCCUGCCAUAAUGUUGCUUUUUCAUCAUUUUCAGGAAAGAUAAAUGUCUGGAUCUCCUUCCCGUCCUCGGUAUUAACCGUUUUUCACAUCAGAAACUGCCCUGUUGGACGUUUUUUCUACCUAACGAGGAGCGUAGACGGAGGGAGGCUUGUCAUGUCUGUGCCUGUGUGUUUGUAAAACGCUGUGAAGUUCAUGUUGUAGUUUUCUGUUUGGCGACGACGCCGGCAGCAGCUGUUUUAAGUGAACUAUUAAAGCAAAACGCUCUGAAUCUGA